GACGGAUGUCAGACAGGAGAGACCAACAACACUAUCAACUGAGGGAAGAAACCCAAACCUGAAGAGCCAUGAAGACUCUGAGUCUCCUGAGCGUCUGCGCUCUGCUGUCUGUCUUCACAUCUAUGGGAGUGUACACAGAGCCAGACGCCGCUGAUGAUCCUGCAGCCGAGGUGGUGCUUCCUCCCACCGGAGCUCCGGCUGAUUCUGACUCUUCCUCAGCAUCCUCAGCAUCCUCAUCUGCCUCAGACUCCGACUCCGCUUCCUCUGAGUCCGACUCUGCAUCCGACUCCGCGUCUGAUUCUGCAUCAGAUUCUGCCUCUUCCUCGUCUGAAUCCAACUCCGUCAGCGCUGAAGGCACUCCUGCCCCUCACGUGCUGCUGAAGAGAGAUGUGGCAGCGUCACUGCUGCGUCACCGGAGAGCUGGAGCUCCUGCAGCCAAACUGAGUCUUCAGCAGCUGGAGAGUUUGCGAGAGGUUUGUGAAGUGAAUCUGGACUGUGAACACAUGGCUGAAACUGCUGGGAUCGUAGCAGCUUAUACGGCGUAUUAUGGACCAAUCCCAUACUAACACACACACACACACACACACACACACAGACCUCUGAUGUCUUCAUCCUCAGAUAAUGAUACCCUCACACAAGCUUUCCUAUUUGUUUGUUAAUUGUUUUUCAAGACAGUGUAAUGUAGGUGAUUUCAGGUUUAGUUGUCCUUUCCCUGGGAGAAAUCAGUAUAGAAAUAUCUUGAUUUUUCAUGUUUAUAUGCCAGUGAUUGAACAAUUAUAGACUCAAAUUACUCACUGUUAGUGAAAUGUGUUUAACUCUUCUUUAUUAUCCCUGUGUAUAGAUAUGAAGCAUAGUUUAGGUUAAAUUAGACCCAUUAAAUGGAUUGUUGAAGAAGUAAAUGGUUCUUGUUGCUAUUUUUGUGAAUCAAAGGUGCUAUUUCAAACUGACUGAAGGCAGUUCUGUAUAUAAAACACAUGAGAUGUUUAUUAACAUGUUACCUGAUGCUGUUGACAUUGUUGUCAAUUUUUUCUAUUUUAUUGUGCACAUAAUUUUUUGUAAAAACGUAUACUAU